AGCGAGUUGGCAGUCCCGCCGCAAAGUAUCCACAAAGUAAUUUUUCUCGGUGAGAAUUAACAAAGAAUUCCUUGAGUCAAUUCUUCCGGUCACUGCAAAUAUCGAAAAUGAAGCUGGCCUGAAUCGGUGGCUAGAACCAGGCCCAAACUAUUAGUGAAUUUACGCCAAGUCCGCGAAUCUUGUGCAAUCGGCGAACAGCGAGCAGCAGAAGCGAACUGCGACGCACCGCUGCUGUGUAUGCUGUGAGGUGCAAAGAGAGGAGUCGGGUGUUGGGGAGACGGGAGAAUGGAGCAGAACUCCAAUAGCGCCACCGCGGAGACGUUUCCGGAGGAGGGUAGCACUAGCACAUCCCGGUUUGUGGCUGGCACUGCGCCGGAGGCAGAGUAUGGCAUUGAGAACUGCUCGGGAUCCGCUUCGGGCAGCGACACCGUGAGCGCCAACCAUGAGUUUCAGACGAUGAAGCCCGGCCCAGGUGUGGUGCACAAGCUGCCGCCGGCGACGAGCAACGGACGCACACGCUCCGAGCUGCCGCACAGCGAGCUGGUGAAGAUGCUCUACUAUCUGGAGGGCGAGCUGCAGGCGCGGGAUGUCUGCAUCGCUGCCUUGAGAAACGAGCGGGUGAAGCAGCUCAUUGCCCAGCUGCGAACCAAAAGGCUGCAGCCAAACGAUCCUUACGCGGCCAUAUUCCGGGACAAGAUUGCCCUGAACGGCAAUCUCAUUUCCCGGGAAUCCUCCACACAGGCGGCUCAGGCCGAGAUGGAGGUGCGCCAAAUCAUAGAGCAGCAAAUGGAGCAGCAGUACCAGAUGGUCAGCAAACAGCGGGCCACGCACGUACGCAUGGUGAACAUAUUGACCGAAUCGCUGGAGAACAACCAGCGCAUGCUGCAGGAGCUGGAGGAGGAGAAGCGAAAGCACGAGCACGAUACGGCGCAGGGCGAUGAUAUAACCUAUGGCCUGGAGAUGGAGCGCUCCAAGUUGAAGCAGGACCUCGAGGAGGAGCGGGCCCAGGUGGCCAAGAUGGAGAAGGAUCUGAAGAAGCUGCAGGAGACGCUUGAGUACGAGCGCAACAGGCAAAAGCAGAUUGUUCUGCUGCUGAUUGCCGAGCGCAAGAAAAUCUUGAUGAAGUACAUUGAAGAAGGUAAACGCUCUGAGGACUUGGCUCAAAUCCUGGCGGAAGAGAAGCAGCGCUCGGACACAAUAGCCGAGGGCCUGGAGGAGGAGAGCAAAAAGUCGCUGCGCAUGGAGGAGGAGCUGGAGAAGCAGACCCAGUCCAUGGAGUUGGAACGCAAAACGCUAUUGGCCAAGUUGGCCAAAGAGGAAAUGCGCGUCAAGGAGCUAGAGCAGGAGCUCAGUGUGCUGCGCGGCGAGCACGAGGCCCUGAAGAAACAGCAGCCUUUGGGGGGCAGUGGCUCAUCUGUGGCCGCUGCCGCCGCCAAGGCACGACAGUUCAGCGACGACGCCUGUGCCACACCACCCAUGGUGAACAUCGCCAAGAUCGUACAGCCAACCGCUACGGUGAGCAGUAUGCCGGUUUCAGGACCACAGACCGGUAUCGCCCGUUCCAUAGCGCCGGGCCAGAACAUUCGAAGUGCUGGGAUUGCCACAGCUCCCACGGGCACGGCCACGGCUGCCGUAGCACCACUAGCGUCGGCGGCCGUCCUCAAUCACUCAACCACCACCACCACCAAUACCACAGCCAACAGCACAGGCAGCGGCAGCGGCAGCAGCAGCAAUGUUGGAGCAGCCGAGACGGCUGCAAGCAUCGCCGUUCCCCUGGUGGCGCCACCCUCUCCCUCGCCGGCCAAGAUGCAGCCCACGGCCACCAUUCAACGUGCGCCUGGCGGCAAGUAUGCCGCUUUAGCUGCGGCAGCUGCUCUCGACCAGACGGCAACACCACCGCAUCCCCAUCCCGUGCCCAUUGCCGUACCGCCAGUCACGGUCCCACCAGCGGGAGCACGCGGUGCACCACCACCUAUACCGACCAAGCCGAUUGUUCCGCCCAAGCGAGAGCCAUCGCUCUCCCGGCUGGGCUCCAUUACGGGCAGCAGCAGUGCCAUAGCCGCGGCUGCCACAGCAGCAGUGGCGGCCACCGCCACCACCACGGCCACGGCGUCUACGAGCGUGGCCGCAGCUGCUGUUGCAGCAGCGACGGCGAAGCAUAAUUAGAAGACAGACACUCACUCCCACUCAGAUCCGCAUAUUUAAUCGAUAUAUUGGCGUAACGUAAGUGAAAUACUCAAGUCAGUCGUCGUCUUGCGCUAGGCAACAGGGUCUUCCAUCUCGAACUGCCACACACAUACAUAGCUUCCAAUCCUCCGAAGAAAUUCUGAACCCUAAUUAAUGUAAUUAAAACUAAAAAACUAUUUAAAACUCAUGAUAGUCUAUAAAAGUUCACUGAAACUACCACUACCUUAUUUAUUUACGAAUUCUCCAAGUUUAGUAUUAAAUUUCACUCUUCAAAAAUGUGUUAAAUGUUCAAUUUCACUCUGAAAUAUUGCAGAUUUUUAGAUCUAUGAUAAAUAAUAUUAAAACACAUAUUUUAAAAGUGAAAUUAAAGUUUGUAAACCUCCUGUUUCGUUCAGAUUCUUCCCCAAGUCCUGUGAAAUGUCAGUUCGUGAUUGGAAUUAAUGUAAUCCCUGAAAAUGUUUCAUUACAUAGGUCGACAGCUCUUAGAACCAAGAAGCGGAAUUUACUUUUCCGAUAGUUUUUAAUGCGCUGAACUCAAAUCCGGUCUCGGAAAAUGUUACAUUCCGGUUCUUGGCUCUGAGAUUUCUAAAAAAUGUUGUCGGCCUUGGUUAUCCUUCUCUGUUGCCUAGUGUGAUUGAUAUAAUGAUAAUAAUUUGGCAUGUCAAAUGGAGUAGGAUCAAAGUUUGUUAGGCAUUAAUUAGAAUGAUGACCGACCUAAGUCUAGUUUAGUUUGUAUUUUGUUUUUUUUUUACCAAGAAAAUGAUGAUACGUUUUAUAUAUAUAAACAAAACACAUAAUGCCGUUGGCGGCCAAGUUGGUUGAGUGUAAUGGCCAAGCCAAGCCAAGAGACAUGCGAGUUUAAUUGUAAUUCCGUGCGAUUCUCAUAACGAUAAAAACCAGAAACCAGAAUAAUAUAUAUAUAUAGUAAUUAUA